GUCACCGCGGUGCCUCAAAAAAAUCCACCCAUCCCUCUCCCACUCGACACCGGUGAGCCGCGGUGUCCCACUCCGCUGAGCAUUUUUAUAAAAACGCAGAGACCGACCGCUACUGUCCCGCUUCUACCCGCUGCGGCUCCGCGGCGCCCGCACCCUUCGUCUCCUUCCCGCUUUUUACGAGACGCAGGGGCCGCCACCCGGGUGGGGGGCGGCGACCGCGCGAACGCAAAAUAUUGACCAUCGGAAAAAGUCGCGUCGUAUCGCAGUCAUCAGUCGAAACCGAGUCCUCGCGAGCACGCGUCCCCUUCGCUGCGACUUCGGCGCGAGUCGUGAGUCUUCGGAUUGCGGUCACGGCGAUCCCACCGCCCGCUUAUUUUUCGAUCCCCGCCCGACGUCUUCCGCGCGCCCAACAAGUGGCGUAGUCGCUCACACGACGUCGCACCCGCGUGAGCAACUUUCCGGAGCGCGCGACUUUGUUCCGAAUUUGAUCGCGUGUUUGAAACUUUUUCCGAGUGUCUAUAAACUUUAGUGACGUGACGAAGGACUUCAGUGGCGUGUCUGUACGAGGGUUAAACUGGAGUCGAUGCACUUACCGCACGCGAGCCCUCCCGCAGCUAGUAUGGCGGAUGUAUACUCCCAUAUCCACGACUACUACCGGCAGAGCCACGGGGAGCUGGUGCCAACUGGAUCUCCUGCGGUUUUAUGUUCGGCGCUUCCUAACCACUGGAGGUCGAACAAGUCUCUACCGGUGGCUUUUAAAGUGGUAGCCUUGGAUGACGUUCAGGACGGGACGCUGGUGACCAUCAAGGCCGGGAAUGAUGAGAACGUGAUGGCCGAGCUGAGGAACUGCACGGCGGUGAUGAAGAACCAGGUGGCGAAGUUCAACGACCUGCGGUUCGUGGGGCGCAGCGGCCGCGGGAAGUCCUUCUCCCUGACCAUCACCAUCAGCACGUUCCCUUGCCAAGUGGCUUCUUACACUAAGGCCAUCAAAGUCACAGUUGACGGACCGAGAGAACCUAGAACUAAACAAAAUUACGGGUACGGGCACCCCGGCGCCUUCAGUCCGUUCCUCCUGAACCCAGGUUGGCUGGAUGCGGCCUACCUCAACUACGCGUGGGCGGACUACUUCAGGCCACCACAAAUGCGGGAUCAAGCCCUUGUUAAAGGUGGAACCUUGCCGCCUCCCGUCCCGCUACCGGGAGCUGAUCUGUUCCCGUUCCCUCCUGCUAUGGCUAACCUGCCGCCGGGGGCAGGAGGCCUGAUACCUCCACCCGGCGCAUUCCUGCCUGGCAAUGGACUCUUGCCUUUUGGCCCGCAUCCUGGUGAUUUGGCAUUGAAGUCGUUGCCUCCCGAGCUAACAAUAAAAAACGGAAUGAGUCCCUACGAUGCUUUGAGACAGCUUCAAAGCAACAUGUCUUCAUUGGACAAUUCUAGCGCGCGUUUGUCUCCGACAAGCAGUAGACAAAGCGGCAGCCCACGCAGCAUUAUCAAUGCCAGUCCGGAUAGAUCGAAAGCGGACUCGAAGUCUGAAGUUAAGUCAGAGGCCACAAUCUCGGAUGAGUCCGACGAAGAGCCGAUAGAGGUGGUGAAAUCUGCAUUCCAUCCUACGCGACCUGCGAACGUUGAGUUGCAAGAGAUGAAACAAGUGCAGGCAGCGGACUCGACAGUGUCAGAUCGGCCGCGUAUGCGCAACGAGCUGAAAGCACCCACGCAGCGCACCACACGCAUCGUCUCAACCAGUCCCACGUCUACUAAAAUCUCCAACGGGACGAUAUCAACGCACAAAUCCGUUUGGCGGCCAUAUUAACCGUAGUAGUCAAGUGUUAUCUUAUUUGUAGUAUCCGCUCUUCUUUGAGCCUGUUAAAAUGUGAUAAACCAAUGAGCUUGUACAUAAGGUGUAAAGAUUUAAAUUUGAUUUAUACGAGAUAUUUAUUGUUAGCGCGAUGUAAGAUUUGUGAUUUAGGAUUUCUAGCUGGUCUAGAUUAUUGUACCGUUGCAUGUAAAUAGAUAUUAUAGGUACUUUAAAUAAAUGUAAAAUACGGCUAGUAUUGCACAUGUGUUCAAGCUUGUCUACAUUAGAGUACCCAAGUAUUGUUUAUUUUUAAAUAUUUUAUUAGAUAGUACUUCAUAGCGACCUUUAAACCAUUUAGAUGUAACUAGAUGUAUUUGACGAUUUUCUUUGAAAAUGACUGAUUACUAUUAAUCUAAGAAUACAGAGACUUGUAUCAUUGUAAAUAAUGUAAGUAAAUAUUUAUUAUCUUGACAAAGUGUAGAUAUAGUCAUAAUGGUAAUUGUACCGAUUGUAAAAAUGUAUUUAGAAAAUCGAGAUAA